AUGGAGUGGGAAUUCAACCUGCUGCUCUACCUGGCGCUCUUCUUCUUCCUGCUCUUCCUCCUCUUCCUCCUGCUCUUCGUGGUCAUCAAGCAGCUGACGAACUCCGUGGCCGGCACGGCCGGGGCCCUGCAGCCCGGGCGCCCCUCGCUGCACCGGGAGCCCUGGGGCUUCUCCCGGGAGCAGGCGGUGUGA